AUGCAUCGGUAUAUGUUUCUUCCAAUUGCAUCCGCCCUUGGAAAUCAUGAUGAAUAUUUCAAAAUGAGGGCCGAUGCAACUGGUAAAAUAGGUCUUUCACCAUUGCAGAAAUGCACAUUUGCUAUUCGUAUGUUGUCAUAUGGGUCUCCCGCUGACAGUGUAGACGAAUAUGUUCGAAUCAGUGAAAGCACUUCAGUUGAGUGCUUAGAAAGAUUCGUCCGGGGUGUGAAUGUUGUAUUUGGGGCAGAUUAUUUGAGAAAGCCUAAAAACACAGAUGUUGAACAUCUUUUACAAAUGGGAGAGUCACGUGGCUUUUCAGAAAUGUUGGGUUCCAUUGAUUGUAUGCACUGGGAAUGGAAAAAUUAUCCUGUUGCAUGGAAAGGACAAUUUUCUCAAGGUGAUCAUGGUAAGCCCACAAUCAUGCUUGAAGCACCGACAUCACAAGACUUAUGGAUUUGGCAUGCACUUUUUGAUAUUGCAGGUUCAAACAAUGAUAUUAAUGUGCUAAACCAAUCCAAUGUGUUUAACGAUAUUUUGGAAGGACAUGCUCCCACUAUGAACUAUAUAUGGAAUAUUAUUUAG